CGGGUGUAUGAGGAGAGAGGCAUCAUUCACCAGACUUUACCUCUCUCACUCUCACCUUUCUGCACCUUGCAACACCUGCAACAUGAGGACUUUUGUGAUGAUGGCUGUGCUCGCCUUGGCAGCAGCUGACAAACGACCACUCACAACCUAUGGAGCACCAGGCCCUGCUAGUCAUGGUCACCAGGGACCCCAGAUCGCUAUCAUCCGCGACGAUCGAGUACACCCUGAUGCCCAGGGACUUUACUCCUUAAACUUGGAGACCGAGGACGGUAUUGUGAGGCAGGAGUCUGGCGGUCCCGGCGGUAGUCAGCAGGGCUCUGUCAGCUUUACUUUCCCCGAUGGACAAGUGUUCGACCUGAAAUUCGUCGCCGACGAAGGUGGCUACCAGCCCCAGUCCUCUUACCUACCAGUGGCUCCUGAAUUCCCCCACCCAAUCCCUCAGUUCGUGCUGGACCAGAUUGCCUUCGCUGCUCAGGAAGACGCUGCCCGAGCCCGCGGUGAAAUUAGGAGUCCAUCCCCAAGCUACGGUGCUCCCUCCAAGUAAUAACAUUGCCUACUCUAUCUUGACGACAACGUACCACCUUCAAAACUCCCAGCUUCUUCACUGCAUGUCGAAAUGCUUAAACCAAUGUUUUUGUGUCUUGGCCUUAUUAGCAAUGAAUAGUUAUGCCUACCGAGGGACUUGCACGAGUUUUGACUGGGAGAAUGUGGAGUUAUAUUCUCCUUCAUUAUCUGCCGGAAGUUUUAACCAUUAUUUAUUAUAAUUACAUAUAAAUAUUACAUAUAAUAAAUGAUAAACCUGUGUAA